AUGGACGCGGAUAGCCUCCUGCUGUCCCUAGAGCUGGCGUCUGGCAGCGGGCAGGGCCUCAGCCCCGACCGUCGGGCCUCGCUGCUCACUUCCCUUCUGCUGGUUAAGCGCGACUACCGCUACAGCCGGGUGCUCUUCUGGGGCCGCAUCCUCGGCCUCGUCUCCGAUUACUACAUCGCGCAGGGCCUGAGUGAGGACCACCUCGCCCCGCGCAAGACGCUGUACAGCCUGAACUGCAUGGAGUGGAGCCUCCUGCCUCCAGCCACAGAGGAGAUGAUGGUGCAGACAUCCAUGGUGAAGGGCCGCUUCAUGGGGGACCCCUCACACGAUUAUGAAUACACCGAGCUGCAGAAGGUGAACGAGGGUGACAAGACCUUAGAAGAAGUAGUGGUCCGGGUCAAGGAGGAGACCCGCUUGGUGUCCAUCAUUGACCAGAUCGACAAGGCCGUGGCUAUUAUCCCCCGAGGAGCCCUCUUUAAGACCCCUUUUGGACCCAUCCAUGUCAAUCGGACCUUUGAAGGACUGACCUUGUCUGAAGCCAAGAAGCUCAGUUCCUACUUCCACUUCAGGGAGCCUGUUGACCUGAAGAACAAGACCUUGCUUGAGAAGGCUGAUCUAGACCCCUCCCUGGACUUCAUGGACUCCUUGGAGCAUGACAUCCCCAAAGGGUCCUGGAGCAUCCAGAUGGAGAGAGGCAACGCCCUGGUGGUGCUGCGCAGCCUGCUCUGGCCAGGCCUCACCUUCUACCAUGCUCCCUGCACCAAGAACUGUGGCUAUAUCUACGUGGGCACCGGUGAGAAGAACAUAGACUUGCCCUUCAUGCUGUAGGAGCGGGGCAGCCCAGGGACUUUUUAUGUAGAGCAUCAACAUUAUUUUCAUACAUUUCA